AUGUCCUCAUCUGGGCCGGAUAUUUCCGAGCUCUCUGACAGCCAGAGGUCGGCUUUGGAGACGUAUACCACUGUGACUGGCCAGGAACCGGUUGAGGCCAUCGCAUUGCUGAGUCGAUCGCAAUGGAAUGUUCAGAUUGCAAUCGCCAAAUUCUUCGAUGGCGAAGGACCGGAUCCCGUUGAAGAAGCCCGCGCGUCUCUCGAGAGUGCCAGCCCUGCCCGUCCAAAUCGACAAACACAGAAUCUCCUGCAUGAGGAUCUAACUGCACGGUUCUCUUCAGCUUCCGCCGCAGCCGAUCCGGCUCCUCGGAUCGCGACCCAGCCUGGGGACCAGCCCGUCUAUCGCCCUCCGUUCCUACUGGCUCUCGUCUUCGCUCCGUUCAACCUCUUAUAUAGACUGUUCUUGGGCUCCUUCCGCCUCUUCGGAUCCCUAUUUCCCUUCCUCCCACGUUUACUCAAUACGACAGCAAGCCCAGCUCUACAAGGUGUUGGGCGAAAUACCAAUGGCCGGCGUCCCCUGGCUCCUAAAGAUACAGCCGCGAGGUUUAUCCGCGAAUUCGAGGAGGAAUAUGGAGCUCAUUCACUCCCGUUCUUAGAGAACGGAUAUAAUAUGGCAUUGGAAAAAGCACACCGAGACUUGAAGUUCCUAUUAGUGGUGCUUUGCGCCCCUGAGCAUGAUCACACGGAUGCGUGGGUUAGGGAAACCCUCUUGUCCAAAGAGGUCACCGAUUUUAUCAACGAUUCCCAAAAUAACAUCAUCGUUUGGGGUGGCAACGUACAGGAUGCCGAGGCAUACCAAGUCGCAAAUUCUAUCCGAUGCACCAAGUUCCCGUUCGCUGCUGCGAUAGCGCACACACCAAGCGUUUCCUCGACUGCGAUGUCCGUCAUCGCCAGAAUAUCUGGCGUUACGUCGCCGGCAGAGUUUGUAGAGAAACUACGCACUGCCAUCGCGCAGAACAAGGAGCCUCUUGAACGGAUCCGGGUUACGCGGGCAGAGCAGCAAGCUUCUCGGAGCCUCCGAGAACAACAAGACUCGGCAUACGAACGCUCACUCGCCAUCGAUCGGGAACGGGCGAGACAGAGGAGAGAGGCGGAAGCAGCCCGACAGCGCGAAGAGCAACUAGCAGCGGAACGUCAGGCAGCCGAAGAGAAGCGGCAACGCGAUCUUGAGCAAUGGAAGCGAUGGCGAGCACAGUCUAUCCCGGAGGAACCAGACAUGGGCGUCAAAGACGCUGUCCGAAUUAGUAUCCGACUACCCUCAGGUGACCGAGUGAUCCGCAGGUUUGCCCCUGAUGCAGUCAUGGAGGAGCUCUACGCUUUUGUCGAGUGUUAUGAUAUCACGAAGGAAGCUGAGGCAGCAACCCCAACUCCAGUAGAGAAGCCAGGUGGGUACGACCAUACAUAUGGCUUCCGACUUGUAUCUCCCAUGCCUCGAGUCGUCUACGCGGUCGAUGCUGGUUCCAUCCGGGACAACGUUGGCCGUGGCGGAAGUCUCCUUGUGGAGCCGAUUGACGAUGAAAGUGACGAGGAGGAUAGCUAG